AAGUUGAAUCCUACAUUCUUGCUUCAUUCAGUUCAUCAUUCGGAGCGUUCGUUACCUAUUCGUUGAUUCGUUCGUUUCGUUCAUCUUCGAACAAUGUCGGACUUUUUGUCGCGCGCAUUAUUUCUUAGUAAAUUAUGAUACCUUUGCUUUAGUGCUGAUUAGAAGCAUAGUUUGUUUUGUAGAUUUUCUUAUAAUUUCUGGAAGUGCGUAGUGAUAUUUGAGCAUUGGCAGUGACUUGUCACAUUGGGACUGUUUACGUCUUUCACAGGUUAUGUUCUCAGUUGGUACAAAUUUUGUAGAUUAAAUAAUAGUAAAAUGACUGAGGGGGACUCAAAUAACAACAGUCGAGUAGUGGCGAUACCGCAAGUAGUCGUCACGAAGAAAGUAGAAUGUGCGGGGGCGGCGUUCCUGCGUUAUUACAGGAUUAAAUGUCACGGCGAGGACGAAUCGUUUGACACGACUGGUUCUAAAGAAAAGGCAGAAGAAGUGGUUUUCGACGAUGAUGUUGAGUAUCUGCGUAGUCUGGACCCUAAGGACUGGAAGAAUCAGGACCAUUACGCUGUGUUAGGUAUGAAGAAUUUGCGUUACAAAGCUACUGAUGACGAUAUCAAGCGAGCCUACCGCCAAAAAGUAUUGAAGCAUCAUCCUGAUAAGCGUAAAGCGCAAGGCGAGGAGGUACGCAGCGACGACGACUACUUCACUUGUAUUACAAAAGCUUACGAGAUCCUUGGCACACCAACGAAGCGAAGAUCUUAUGACUCGGUCGAUCCGUUAGUAGAUGACAAUGUACCAACUCAGGUGGAGAUCAAGAAAGAAGGUUUCUUCAAGAUAGUCCCUAAAUACUUUGAGAUUAACUCCCGAUGGUCAGAGAAAAAGCAUGUGCCUUUACUAGGUGAUGAAAAUAGUCCUAGAGAACAAGUAGAAAGGUUUUAUGCAUUUUGGUAUGAGUUUGAAUCUUGGAGGGAGUUUUCUUACCUUGAUGAGGAGGAGAAAGAGAGGGGGGCAGAUAGAGAUGAGAGGAGAUGGAUAGAGAAGCAAAAUAAAGCUGCAAGAGCUAAAUUGAAAAAGGAAGAGAUGGCCAGGGUAAGGAGUCUGGUGGACACAGCAUAUGCAAAUGAUCCAAGGAUACAGCGAUUCAAGCAAGAGGAUAAGGAUAAGAAGUUAGCUGCUAAGAGGGCUAGACAGGAUGCUGUGCAAGCCAAGAAAGCAGAGGAGGAACGUCUAAUGAAAGAAGCUCAACUCGCGAAACAGAAAGCUGAUGAGGCUGAGAGACAGCGAAUGGAAGCUGCCCGUGCUGAGCGAGAACAACAGAAGAAAAACCUACGCAAAGAACGUAAAGCUUUAAGAGACAUGUGCAAAGCUAACAACUACUAUGCGCAGAAUGAUGAUGAAGCAGUAUCACAUAUGGCUGCUGUUGAGAAAAUCUGUGAAAUGUUGAAAGUAAUAGAACUACAGGACUUCAUGAGAGACUUGGAAGCAAAAGGCAGAGAUGCAUUUAUCAAAACUGUUGAAGAGACUGAAGAAAAGCUGGAAGCUGAACGCAAAGCCUUGUUCGAGCAUCGGAAAGUGGAAGAACAGAAGGCGAAAGAAAGGGCUGCUUUGAAGACGCCUUUGGAAUGGACUGUUGACAUGACACAAAUGUUAAUCAAGGCUGUUAAUUUAUUUCCUGCCGGCACCAACCAGAGGUGGGAUGUUGUAGCUAAUUUUCUAAAUCAACACUGUACAUUUACUGAUGAUAGGCGAUUCAAUGCAAAAGAAGUCCUGAAUAAGGCUAAAGAUUUACAGAGCUCUGACUUUUCUAAAAGCAGUUUAAAGAAAGCAGCCAAUGAAGAGGCGUUUGACACAUUUGAGAAAGAGAAGAAGAAAAUGCUCAACCAUAUUGAUGACAGCGGUAUAUCAAAGAAUGAUCCUGGUACAAAGCUAGUUAAUGGAACGUCAAAACCUAAAGUGAAUGGUGAAGUUGUGAAACCAGAAAAAGAAGUGAAAGAUGACCGUCCCUGGACAAAAACUGAGCAAGAACUCCUUGAGCAAGCCAUUAAAACGUUCCCUGUCAGUACGCCCGAGAGAUGGGAUAAGAUUGCCGAAUGCAUACCUAAUCGUUCUAAAAAAGACUGCAUGAAACGGUAUAAGGAAUUAGUAGAGCUAGUAAAAGCAAAGAAACAGGCUGCAACUCUUUCUAAGUAACGUUAGUGCCCAACUAGAUCUUAUAACAAAUUCUUUUUAACUUUCCUUGUCCAGUCACUGCAAAUGUUUUCAAACGUCAACAUUAAAUAUUUCGUUUUUUAUAUACAUAUCUGUAGUAAAUUAUUUAUCCAAUAGCAUAAUUUGGUAUUAGGACUUAGCAUAAUACUUGGCACAAGAUAAAAUACAAAACAUUUUACCGAAUCAUACAAAUACAUUUUUAAAUAAUAAUAAAUUAACUGUAACACUGUAAAGAUAUCUUUUUAAAUGUGAUUAUUCGUCCUAAAUAAAAACCUUGUAUACAUUGGAAUGUCCUUGACAUUUAAUAUGGAACAUGUAUCUAUCUAAUUCGCGGGGUUUAGUAUCCAAAAAAGAUUAUUAUGUAAUUCCAAAGUUUUAAUUUAUACCUUUGUAGUGAGGGCGACAUCUGUUUUAUUAGGCAAAUAUUAUUUUUACGUAAAACAUAAGCUGACUCAGAAAGCUUUUUUUUAAAUGUUUUAUAAAGACUUGACUAUUUAAUUUUUUUUUAUAUUGAAGUGGUAUGACAUGGACAUCACAACCCUUUUCUCGCAAACAAAAAAACGUAAUUUGACAAACCUCCAUGAUUUUCACCUUCACAAAUUCUUGUAGACAAAAUGUGUCCAAUCUUAGGGUCUACCAGACAUAAUGUAGG